GGAGCUGACAGGGACUAUGUGAAGUAGUUCUUGACACUGUGUCCCCAGACAGCAGAGGGAUGUAUGGGCUGGGCGGGAUGUGGGACCGAGGCCUGGCACGAGCCCUGUCACUGGGGCCCGGGACACUCCGCCUGCACAGGAGCCUGGGCCACAGGUAAACUGGGAACAUGGGCAGAGUGCCAGCACUAAACAUGGCCGCAGGAGGGGCACCAGCACAUCAUGGACAGUGAGAGGAGGAGGAGGAGCAAUCCUGGGAAUCACUCACAUACUGCUAAACAAUGUGACAGUCAUACAUACUGUGUGAGGAGCUCUGUGAUACACUGUGUGAGGAGCUCUGUGAUACCCUGCUGGUCACUGUGUGAGGAGCUCUGUGAUACCCUGCUGGUCACUGUGUGAGGAGCUUUGUGAUACACUGCUGGUCACUGUGUGGGGAGCUCUGUGAUACACUGCUGGUCACUGUGUGGGGAGCUCUGUGAUACACUGCUGGUUACUGUGUGGGGAGCUCUGUGAUACACUGCUGGUUACUGUGUGUGGAGCUCUGUGAUACACUGCUGGUUACUGUGUGUGGAGCUCUGUGAUACACUGCUGGUUACUGUGUGUGGAGCUCUGUGAUACACUGCUGGUUACUGUGUGUGGAGCUCUGUGAUACACUGCUGGGUACUGUGUGUGGAGCUCUGUGAUACACUGUGUGAGGAGCUCUGUGAUACACUGCUGGUUACUGUGUGGGGAGCUCUGUGAUACACUGCUGGUUACUGUGUGUGGAGCUCUGUGAUACACUGCUGGUUACUGUGUGAGGAGCUCUGUGAUACACUGCUGGGUACUGUGUGUGGAGCCCUGUGACACUGCUGGUUACUGUGUGUGGAGCUCUGUGACACACUGCUGGUUACUGUGUGUGGAGCUCUGUGAUACACUGCUGGUUACUGUGUGAGGAGCUCUGUGAUACACUGCUGGGUACUGUUUGUGGAGCUCUGUGACACACUGCUGAUCACUGUGUGUGGAGCUCUGUGAUACACUGCUGGGUACUGUGUGUGGAGCUCUGUGAUACACUGCUGGUCACUGUGUGAGGAGCUCUGUGAUACACUGCUGGGUACUGUGUGUGGAGCUCUGUGAUACACUGCUGGUUACUGUGUGUGGAGCUCUGUGAUACACUGCUGGUUACUGUGUGUGGAGCUCUGUGAUACACUGCUGGUUACUGUGUGAGGAGCUCUGUGAUACACUGCUGGUUACUGUGUGAGGAGCUCUGUGAUACACUGCUGGGUACUGUGUGAGGAGCUCUGUGAUACACUGCUGGUCACUGUGUGAGGAGCUCUGUGAUACCCUACUGGGUACUGUGUGUGGAGCUCUGUGAUACACUGCUGGUCACUGUGUGGAGCUCUGUGAUACACUGUGUGAGGAGCUCUGUGAAACACUGCUGGUCACUGUGUGAGGAGCUCUGUGAUACACUGCUGGUUACUGUGUGUGGAGCUCUGUGAUACACUGCUGGUUACUGUGUGGGGAGCUCUGUGAUACACUGCUGGUUACUGUGUGGGGAGCUCUGUGAUACACUGCUGGUUACUGUGUGGGGAGCUCUGUGAUACACUGCUGGGUACUGUGUGUGGAGCUCUGUGACACACUGCUGGGUACUGUGUGUGGAGCUCUGUGACACACUGCUGGGUACUGUGUGUGGAGCUCUGUGACACACUGCUGGUUACUGUGUGUGGAGCUCUGUGACACACUGCUGGUUACUGUGUGUGGAGCUCUGUGACACACUGCUGGUUACUGUGUGUGGAGCUCUGUGAUACACUGCUGGUUACUGUUUGUGGAGCUCUGUGACACACUGCUGAUCACUGUGUGUGGAGCUCUGUGAUACACUGCUGGGUACUGUGUGUGGAGCUCUGUGAUACACUGCUGGUUACUGUGUGUGGAGCUCUGUGAUACACUGCUGGUUACUGUGUGUGGAGCUCUGUGAUACACUGCUGGUUACUGUGUGUGGAGCUCUGUGAUACACUGCUUGGUACUGUGUGUGGAGCUCUGUGAUACACUGCUGGUUACUGUGUGAGGAGCUCUGUGAUACACUGCUGGGUACUGUGUGUGGAGCUCUGUGACACUGCUGGUCACUGUGGAGCUCUGUGAUACACUGCUGGGUACUGUGUGAGGAGCUCUGUGCUACAUUGCUGGUCACUGUAUGGAGUUCUGUGCUACACUGCUGGUCACUGUGUGACGAGCUCUGUGAUACCCUGCUGGUCACUGUGUGACGAGCUCUGUGAUACACUGCUGGUUACUGCGUGAGGAGCUCUGUGAUACAGUGCUGGGUACUGCGUGUGGAGCUCUGUGAUACACUGCUGGUCACUGCGUGUGGAGCUCUGUGAUACACUGCUGGUCACUGCGUGUGGAGCUCUGUGAUACACUGCUGGUUACUGCGUGAGGAGCUCUGUGAUACACUGCUGGUUACUGCGUGUGGAGCUCUGUGAUACACUGCUGGUUACUGUGUGAGGAGCUCUGUGAUACACUGAUGGGUACUGUGUUUGGAGCUCUGUGAUACACUGCUGGGUACUGUGUGUGGAGCUCUGUGAUACACUGCUGGUCACUGUGUGUGGAGCUCUGUGAUACACUGCUGGUUACUGUGUUUGGAGCUCUGUGAUACACUGCUGGGUACUGUGUUUGGAGCUCUGUGAUACACUGCUGGUUACUGUGUGUGGAGCUCUGUGAUACACUGCUGAUCACUGUGUGUGGAGCUCUGUGAUACCCUGCUGGGUACUGUGUGUGGAGCUCUGUGAUACACUGCUGGUUACUGUGUGUGGAGCUCUGUGAUUCACUGCGUGAGGAGCUCUGUGAUACACUGCUGGUCACUGCGUGUGGAGCUCUGUGAUACACUGCUGGUCACUGCGUGUGGAGCUCUGUGAUACACUGCUGGUCACUGCGUGAGGAGCUCUGUGAUACACUGCUGGUUACUGUGUGAGGAGCUCUGUGAUACACUGGUUACUGUGUGUGGAGCUCUGUGAUACACUCCUGGUUACUGUGUGUGGAGCUCUGUGAUACACUGCUGGUCACUGUGUGUGGAGCUCUGUGAUACACUGCUGGUCACUGUGUGUGGAGCUCUGUGAGACACUGCUGGUCACUGUGUGUGGAGCUCUGUGAGACACUGCUGGUCACUGUGUGUGGAGCUCCAUGCAUCCACUACCCUGUGUGUCGAGGGUAGUGGAUGCAUGGAAUAGCCUCCCAGCUGAAGUGGUAGAGGUUAACACAGUAAAGGAGUUUAAGCAUGCGUGGGAUAGGCAUAAGGCUAUCCUAACUAUAAGAUAAGGCUAGGGACUAAUGAAAGUAUUUAGAAAAUUGGGCAGACUAGAUGCGCCAAAUGGUUCUUAUCUGCCGUCACAUUCUAUGUGUCUGUGAUGUACUGUGUGUGGAGCUCUGUGAUACACUGCUGGGUAUUGUGUGUGGAGCUCUGUGAUACACUGCUGGGUAUUGUGUGUGGAGCUCUGUGAUACACUGGUUACUGUGUGAGGAGCUCUGUGAUACACUGUGUGAGGAGCUCUGUGAUACUGUGUGAGGAGCUCUGUGACACACUGCUGGUUACUGUGUGAGGAGCUCUGUGAUACACUGCUGGUUACUGUGUGUGGAGCUCUGUGAUACACUGCUGGUCACUGUGUGUGGAGCUCUGUGAUACACUGCUGGUUACUGUGUGUGGAGCUCUGUGAUACACUGGUUACUGUGUGAGGAGCUCUGUGACACACUGCUGGGUACUGUGUGGAGCUCUGUGACACACUGCUGGGUACUGUGUGUGGAGCUCUGUGACACACUGCUGGGUACUGUGUGUGGAGCUCUGUGACACACUGCUGGGUACUGUGUGUGGAGCUCUGUGACACACUGCUGGGUACUGUGUGAGGAGCUCUGUGAUACACUGCUGGGUACUGUGUGUGGAGCUCUGAGACACACUGCUGGUCACUGUGGAGCUCUGUGAUACACUGGGUACUGUGUGUGGAGCUCUGUGCUACACUGCUGGUCACUGUAUGGAGUUCUGUGCUACACUGCUGGUCACUGUGUGACGAGCUCUGUGAUACACUGCUGGUCACUGUGUGUGGAGCUCUGUGAUACACUGCUGGUCACUGUGUGUGGAGCUCUGUGAUACACUGUGUGAGGAGCUCUGUGAAACACUGCUGGUCACUGUGUGUGGAGCUCUGUGAUACACUGUGUGUGGAGCUCUGUGAUACACUGCUGGGUACUGUGUGUGGAGCUCUGUGAUACACUGCUGGUCACUGCGUGUGGAGCUCUGUGAUACACUGCUGGUCACUGCGUAUGGAGCUCUGUGAUACACCGCUGGUCACUGCGUGAGGAGCUCUGUGAUACACUGCUGGUUACUGCGUGUGGAGCUCUGUGAUACACUGCUGGUCACUGCGUGUGGAGCUCUGUGAUACACUGCUGGUCACUGCGUGUGGAGCUCUGUGAUACACUGCUGGGUACUGCGUGAGGAGCUCUGUGAUACACUGGUUACUGUGUGUGGAGCUCUGUGAUACACUGCUGGUUACUGCGUGAGGAGCUCUGUGAUACACUGCUGGUUACUGCGUGAGGAGCUCUGUGAUACACUGCUGGUCACUGCGUGAGGAGCUCUGUGAUACACUGCUGGUCACUGUGUGUGGAGCUCUGUGAUACACUGUGUGUGGAGCUCUGUGAUACACUGGGUACUGUGUGUGGAGCUCUGUGAUACACUGCUGGUCACUGCGUGUGGAGCUCUGUGAUACACUGCUGGUCACUGCGUAUGGAGCUCUGUGAUACACCGCUGGUCACUGCGUGAGGAGCUCUGUGAUACACUGCUGGUUACUGCGUGUGGAGCUCUGUGAUACACUGCUGGUCACUGCGUGUGGAGCUCUGUGAUACACUGCUGGUCACUGCAUGAGGAGCUCUGUGAUACACUGGUUACUGUGUGUGGAGCUCUGUGAUACACUGCUGGUUACUGUGUGUGGAGCUCUGUGAUACACUGCUGGUUACUGUGUGAGGAGCUCUGUGAUACACUGCUGGUUACUGUGUGUGGAGCUCUGUGAUACACUGCUGGUUACUGUGUGAGGAGCUCUGUGAUACACUGCUGGGUACUGUGUGAGGAGCUCUGUGAUACACUGCUGGGUACUGUGUGAGGAGCUCUGUGAUACACUGCUGGUCACUGUGUGAGGAGCUCUGUGAUACCCUACUGGGUACUGUGUGUGGAGCUCUGUGAUACACUGCUGGGUACUGUGUGUGGAGCUCUGUGAUACACUGCUGGUUACUGUGUGUGGAGCUCUGUGAUACACUGCUGGUUACUGUGUGUGGAGCUCUGUGAUACACUGCUGGGUACUGUGUGGAGCUCUGUGAUACACUGCUGGGUACUGUGUGUGGAGCUCUGAGACACACUGCUGGUCACUGUGGAGCUCUGUGAUACACUGGGUACUGUGUGUGGAGCUCUGUGAUACACUGCUGGGUACUGUGUGAGGAGCUCUGUGCUACACUGCUGGUCACUGUAUGGAGUUCUGUGCUACACUGCUGGUCACUGUGUGACGAGCUCUGUGAUACCCUGCUGGUUACUGUGUGAGGAGCUCUGUGAUACACUGGUUACUGUGUGUGGAGCUCUGUGAUACACUGCUGGUCACUGCGUGUGGAGCUCUGUGAUACACUGCUGGUCACUGCGUGUGGAGCUCUGUGAUACACUGCUGGGUACUGCGUGAGGAGCUCUGUGAUACACUGCUGGUUACUGUGUGUGGAGCUCUGUGAUACACUGCUGGUCACUGCGUGUGGAGCUCUGUGAUACACUGCUGGGUACUGCGUGAGGAGCUCUGAUACACUGGUUACUGUGUGUGGAGCUCUGUGAUACACUGCUGGUUACUGUGUGUGGAGCUCUGUGAUACACUGCUGGUUACUGUGUGUGGAGCUCUGUGAUACACUGCUGGUUACUGUGUGAGGAGCUCUGUGAUACACUGGGUACUGUGUGGAGCUCUGUGAUACACUGCUGGGUACUGUGUGUGGAGCUCUGUGAUACACUGCUGAUCACUGUGUGUGGAGCUCUGUGAUACACUGCUUGUUACUGUGUGUGGAGCUCUGUGAUACCCUGCUGGUUACUGUGUGUGGAGCUCUGUGAUACACUGCUGGUCACUGCGUGAGUAGCUCUGUGAUACACUGCUGGUCACUGUGUGUGGAGCUCUGUGAUACCCUUCUGGUUACUGUGUGUGGAGCUCUGUGAUACACUGGUUACUGUGUGUGGAGCUCUGUGAUACCCUUCUGGUUACUGUGUGUGGAGCUCUGUGAUACACUGCUGGUCACUGUGUGUGGAGCUCUGUGAUACACUCCUGGUUACUAUGUGUGGAGCUCUGUGAUACACUGCUGGUCACUGUGUGUGGAGUUCUGUGAUACACUGCUGGGUACUGUGUGUGGAGCUCCAUGCAUCCACUACCCUGUGUUUCGAGGGUAGUGGAUGCAUGGAAUAGCCUCCCAGCUGAAGUGGUAGAGGUUAACACAGUAAACGAGUUUAAGCAUGCGUGGGAUAGGCAUAAAGCUAUCCUAACUAUAAGAUAAGGCUAGGGACUAAUGAAAGUAUUUAGAAAAUUGGGCAGACUAGAUGGGCGAAUGGUUCUUAUCUGCCGUCACAUUCUAUGUUUCUGUGAUGUACUGUGUUUGGAGCUCUGUGAUACACUGCUGGUCACUGUGUGAGGAGCUCUGUGAUACACUGCUGGUCACUGUGUGAGGAGCUCUGUGAUACACUGCUGGUCACUGUGUGAGGAGCUCUGUGAUACACUGCUGGGUACUGUGUGUGGAGCUCUGUGAUACACUGCUGGUCACUGUGUGAGGAGCUCUGUGAUACACUGCUGGUCACUGUGUGAGGAGCUCUGUGAUACACACUGCUGGAUACAGUGUGAGGAGCUCUGUGAUGCACUCUCUCACACACUGCUGGGUACUGUGUGUGGAGCUCUGUGAUACACACACACUUGUCAUUGCUGUAAGUUUUUUAUUACUCAUGCAUAUUGCACAUUAUAGUCGAGCUCUUUUGCAUUUUAUGGCUCUGGAGCUCUGUGAAACACAUUACUGUGAGGUUUAGGGCUGAGGAGCAAAUGGGGGCAAACUCCAGAAUGAAAUGUCCCUUGCAGUGUGUGGCUAGUGGUGUUAAAGGUGUUCCUUCAACACCACUAGCUAACGCGCACACAGCUUGCUGAAGUCGUUUGUGUGCUUGGAGUCUGUCACAUUAGUCUAAUUUCAACAGAAAUUGUCACUUUUAAAAUUGGGAGCAGAAACACCUCUCUGGCUGUCAAGUAGACAGCCAAUGAGGUUUUCUUCAACUUCCAUUUGCUCCACAGAGCGAUUGUGUGCCUGCCAUCCCCCUCAUUGAGAAGCUUAGGAAAACCGCAAUUGCAUGCGCUUACUCACUUGCUGUUACAGCACACAGGCUUCCGAUGAGAAUCUGCUCAUAGUAUAUUCCCCAGCACAGGCUAAAAUUGUCUAUGCUUGGUAACAAGGGGAAGGCUGGCAUAGAAUGCAGAUGGGAGAUCUACAGUUUUUAGAUAUUCCUCAAAAGAAAAUAAUGCAGAAAGUAAUGCAUACAUGUUUUCAUUGGGAGUGUAUUUACUAAAUAGUUUGUUUUUGUUUUCGCAGUGGAGUGUUCAAAGUACACAAUUUUGCAUGCUUUCAAAACUCUCCUUAGAACUGACCUUUGGUCUUGUGAGUAGAAUCAUUAUGGGAUUAUAACUCAUGCCAACCACUUUACAGAGUCACUCAAGCAGAAUAAUUUCCAUAUAAUCAUUUAUAUGGAUAACGCAUUCAACAACAAAAAAUACUACCCUCUGAAUGCCGCUCUUUUGCUGUAUUGUUGCCAUGGAGGUGAAAUUAAUUUAAACCAGGAUAGGCUGAUAUCAUUCAGCCGAUCCCUGGUCUCUCAUAGCUUUUAUUGUGAGAAUUAGUGUGUGAGCCUGUUUCAGGGGGGUAUAGUUAAAUUCUACAGAUUCUCUAACUUUGCUGUUUACAGCAUUAAACAAUGCAGAGUGGGCAUACGUGGCACUGCUUUCCAUGCAAGGCAUCUUGAUAUAUCACUUCACAGAUCAAGAAAAGAGCUAAUAAAGGAUUUGCAUGUCUGAUUGCAGGGCUGUAUUUGCUACUGCUCUACACAAGGGGUAACUCUAAAGGGACACUCCACUGCCCAAAUAAAAUAAAAACCGUCUGCAAAAGUAACAGAUCUCUUGUCUGCAGCCUCUGCAAUCCCUUCCCCUUUUUUCCAGCCCUGAAUUUCUCUAUAUACAACAGACAAGGUGGAGUAUCUUACAUACAAUGGAUAAUAACAAUGUCCCAAUAUGAUACUCAAAUGUAGAGCCUAAAGUUUAGGCUCAAACUUCAAGCGUUGUGGGAUCUUGUAGGGUCCCACUCCCUCUUCUGUGUAUAGUAGGGUAGAUUCCCUCUUCAAUACGUAGUAAGGUAGAUGCCCCUCUCAGAAACAGUUGCUCCAAUGGUUUUCCAAAAUGAGCUUUAUUGUAUCCAAUCAAUAAUAUAAGACAAUAUAUAAAAUAAUGGAAAAAUGGAGAAAAGUACUAGCGCUAAUAUAAUAAACGUAUAAUAAGGAACAAAAUAUAUAUACCUGCUGCUAAACACUAGACAGAGAUGCCUUUCCCAUAAGACACAAAAUAUACAAUAGAUAAAAGGAGGAGAUAGUGUAGCGCUUAUAUGUAACAAAUUAAAUAGUAGUUACCUUUAGAAAUAGUAAUCUACAUCCAGAUACAAUCUAUAUCGUAUAGUGGACCAGAUGGGAUCAAACUCUGAAAUGGUACAAAGGAGAUACCCACAUAGUGUAAAAUCUUUAAACAAUAUCAAUAAUAAAAAUAAUCUUUUGAAACACUCACAAACAUAGAGCUAAAAACCUAGCUCGGGUAUAUUCAGCUUCGGGUCCGUUACGGUGACCCACCCCUGUAGAGAGAUCUGUAUGUGGUCCUAAAGAAGUUGAAGAAAAACCACAAUAGGGUAGCACAGUUGGGUGUAGAAAUAAGAGAAAUGUAAGUAAGAGAUGUACUUACAAACCUAGAGCCCCUAUGGCUCUGCAGUCUUGCGAUGUGUAGUAAGGGACUACACUCCCUCAAAUAUAAGCUGAUACCGGCCACCAGGAUAAAAAGUUAAAUACUUUAUUGAAUACACUAAAAUCUAAUAAAACAAUAAAAAAGGAACAAUGUCCAUAUAGAAAAUAUAUGGACAUUGUUCCUUUUUUAUUGUUUUAUUCAAUAAAGUAUUUUACUUUUUAUCCUGGUGGCCGGUAUCAGCUUAUAUUUGAGGGAGUGUAGUCCCUUACUACACAUCGCAAGACUGUAGAGCCAUAGGGGCUCUAGGUUUGUAAGUACAUCUCUUACUUACAUUUCUCUUAUUUCUACACCCAACUGUGCUACCCUAUUGUGUUUUUUCUUCAACUUCUUUAGGACCUCAUACAGAUCUCUCUACAGUAGGACCUGGCACCCAGACCACUUCAUUAAGCUGAAGUGGUCUGGGUGCCUAUAGUGGUCCUUUAACCAUGGAAGAAAGGAGAACCCUUAAAUGAAUGCAAAGAGAUAAAAAUCUUGUAAUCAAACCAGCGGAUGAGGGGGGGAUUGGUAUAGUUAUCUUUGAUAGGGAACAGUAUGUUGCGGAAGCGGGGAGAAUUUUGUCAGACACCACAACAUACAAGAAACUCCCCCAGAACCCAUUGGGAGACGCAAAAAUAAUUUUUAAGAAAUAUAUAGAAAAAAGCUGGGUAUAUUGAAUGAAAAAGAGGCGGAAUAUUUAAACAUAACAGAUCCCAAAGUUCCUGUAUUUUACCACCUAACUAAAGUUCAUAAGGAUACAAAGAAUCCUCCGGGGAGGCCAAUCAUAUCAGGCAUAGAUUCCAUCUCUACCCGGGUAUCCGAAUAUAUUGAUACCUUAUUACAACCUAUCGUGUUAACCAAUCCAAGCUACCUGAAGGAUACUAUCCACAUUUUACAAAUUUUGGAGGGCAUCCAAUGGAAAGAAGGAUACCUAUUAGUAACAUGUAAUGUUGCCUCACUUUAUAGCAUUAUUCCGCACUAUAUAGGAAUAGAGGCAGUCCAGCAUUGUUUAACGAAGUCUAAUUUCAAAGAGGAACAGACAGAUUUUAUUUUGAAGGAAUUUUAUUGAUUUUAACCAACAAUUUUUUUUUUAUUUUUUUUUGGUUUGAGAAUGGUUUUUACAUGCAGACUUGUGGUACGGUGAUGGGCACCAAGUUCGCCCUAAGCUAUGACAACCUCUUCAUGGCCUUUUGGGAGGAGAGGUAUGUCAUGCAGGGUCAUGGCUGGGGGGCGAACUUGGUGUCAUAUCGCCGUUUUAUAGAUGACAUCUUUUUUAUUUGGACAGGGGUACGAGAAGAAUUGAACCAUUUUUUGGAAUAUCUUAACUCCAAUAGUUGGGGAAUAAAGCUUACUAGUACCAUCAGUCCUCUUGAAAUCAAUUUUUUAGAUCUACAUAUCAGCAUCCAGAAUUCCACUAUUGUUACUAAGAAUUUUUUUAAACCAGUUGAUGACAAUGGAUAUAUAGAGAAAACCAGUUGUCAUCAUAAACCAUGGCUGGAUAAUGUCCCUAAGGGGCAAUUCCUUAGGAUCCGGCGGAAUUGUAAACAAAACUCAGAUUUUGUUAAUCAAGCCAACUACUUGAAAGAAGAAUUUUUGGAGAAGGGUUACAAUGAAGGGUUAUUGGAAUAGGAUUUAAAGGAAGUAGAAUGCCAGCCACGAGAGGAACUUAUUAAAUAUAGACAAAGGAACAAUACAACGAAAAUGGAUGGAAUACCUUUUAUCUGUAAUUAUCAUGGACAAAGCAAACAAGUACAAAAAAUAAUUCAGAAACACUGGUACCUAUUACGAGAUGAUCCUAUUCUGAAUAAAAUUUUAUUGGUGGAACCUAAAAUUAUUUAUAGAGGGGCAAAAAUAUUUAAAAAUAUUUUAGUUAAUAGUCACCUUAGCCCCCAAAAAUCUAACCAUUUUUACAAGAUUUAAAAGGAUUUUACAGAUGUGGCUCCUGUCUACCAUGCAAGGAAACUAAGAAUAAAAGAUGACAUAUCUAAUCUAGAACAAUUUACUAUUAAAAAAUACGCCAUAACUGACCAUCUCACGUGUCAUACAAAGGGAGUUAUAUAUGUGUUACAAUGCCCAUGUAACUUAUUGUAUGUGGGCAGAACAAUUAGACCAUUAAAGAUCCAGAUUGCAGAGCAUGUAAGAAAUAUUAAAAAAUGUUUUAGAAACCCAUAGUGCUCCUCAACAUUUUAAAAGAGUACACAAUCAGAAUUCGGUAGGCCAAAAAGAGAUUGGAGAGGAGGUAAUUAUAUUUAAAAAAAAAAAAAUGGGUAGAGAGGAGAUGAAAUUUAUAUUUAAUUUUUGCACACUAAUAUCCCACGGAUUAAAUUCAGAUUUUGAAGUAUGCCAUUUUUAAGUAGGAUUCAGAGUAACAUAUUCACAGUUGUAGUGGACCAUUCUCAACCAUCAUUUUAGUAUAGCACAUAUUUUACACCAUAUAAUUUCUAUUAUCACUAUUUAGAAUUUUAUUGUUGUAACUAUAAUGAUUCCAUAUUUUAGUACAUUUAUCAUGUUUUAUGACUCAGCUUCUAAUAGAGAAGUUAAGAUUAUUCUCUUUAUUUAUUUUCCUUUUGUAUUUUUAUGAAGUAUUAAUGAAAUUACCAACUAAGAGUGGUCUGUACCUCUUUUCUGGAUAUUGUUAUGGACUAAAAAGUAGUCUGCAUCUUCUUUCCAUAAAUUGUUAUAAGCUCAAUAGAGAUAUAUAUUUUUUAUUAAAUUUUUUAACUUUCAUGUACUAACAUUUUAUAAUUUUUUUUGGGAGACACGAAGAUAAUAGAGACUUUAUAGUAUUAUUAUAUACUUUUAUGGAUUCUUGUCUCCGUUUCUUUGCAAUUGUAUAAUACAAUUUAGAAGGAAUUCUAGAUUAUUGCGUUCCAAAUAGAGCAGGCUUGUGUUCCAACAUGCAAGUGGACAGAAUACAGCAAGAGCAGGGUGGAACGCAAGCACUGUAAUCCAGCUACACAUCCGACGUGGAGAAGUGGUGCGCGCGCAGCCCGGAGGUUGGACCUACUUCCGGGUAUGUGCGCGCAUACCCGGAACUAUAAUUCAAUAAUCGGGGAAUAUCGGACAGCAUAUAACGGAGGAAAACGAGUGUUCCCUAAUCACAGCAACUGAAGAAGCCCCCAUGAGGGGAGAAAUGCGUUUUGCUAUUCUGGAAAAAGGACCUACGAAUUGUAAGGACUUUUUAACCUAUUUUAUACAUUGUUUUAUAUUAUUGAUUGGAUACAAUAAAGCUCAUUUUGGAAAACCAUUGGAGCAACUCUGUUACUGAGAGGGGCAUCUACCUUACUACGUAUUGAAGAGGGAAUCUACCCUACUAUACACAGAAGAGGGAGUGGGACCCUACAAGAUCCCACAACGCUUGACGUUUGAGCCUAAACUUUAGGCUCUACAUUUGAACAUCAUCUUGGGACAUUGUUAUUAUCCAUUGUAUGUAAGAUACUCCACCUUGUCUGUUGUAUAUUGUGUAUUUGUUGGUGAGGGCUAAGGGAACCCCACCAAGGUGUUGUAGUGUCUUUAUAUUGUGAGAUAACCCCACUGGGAUUCUGUUUUUCAUUUUGCACUUUCUGAAUUUCUGUGGCUGUCCAAACACAGACUUGGCAAUGCAGGAGUCUUGAGUUUAGCUCCACUAAGGUAACCAAACCAGGAAGUAACAAGACAGAUUGGCAAUUUGGGGGCGUAACACGUUUAAUUUAUAAAAGUGCAAAUAUCUAUUGAAAUAAUGCUCUUCACUGGAGUCUCCCUUUAAGUACUUUUGAUAUUGGCAUCUUUCAAAGGCUGGUUUUGUUUGUUUGGGUUUUUAUAUGUAAUUGUUGUCCAGUUUACAUUUUGAUUAAAGAGUUUUUUGUUGUUGUUUUUUUUGUUUUUUUUUUUAAUUUUAGCGCAUAUGAUGUGGUGAUUGUUGGUGCCGGCAUUGUGGGGCUUGCAUCAGGGAGACAACUUGUGCUGCGACAUCCAUCCCUCAAAUUUGCCAUCUUAGAAAAAGAGAAAGUAAUCGGUAAGGCGAAUUCGAUUGCACAAUAAUAUGAAGUCAUAGAACUAUGAACUGUAUUUUGCUACAAUAAUAACACUACUUUUCCCACAGUCACUUUUUUGUGCAACAAUACAACAUUUAUUUGGUAACAUUCAAUGCUGCCCCCCUUGCACUCUGUGGAGUGUACAUUUGUAUAAAGGAACACUAUAAGGUGAAGAACAAAAAUAUGUAUUCCUGACCCUAUAGUGUUAAAAACACUAUCUGGCCCCUUUGCUCCCCCAAAAUAUAUUAAAAUCCUACCUUUAUUCCAGUCUGCUGCUGGCUCUGCCCCUGAUCUACCUUUUUGGCUGAUCUCAUCAGAAUUGGUGACCUCAGCUAAUCACAUCGCUUUCCCAUAGAAAAGCAUUGAAUUGGAUAAGAUUGUCAAGGAGGCAUAUCUUAGGCAGAGCCAGCACAAGCCAAACACAGCCCUGGCCAAUCACCUAGGAAGCAUCUCUAGCAGCCAUCUGAUGAGUAGCCACUGGAGGUAUCCCUGUACUGUAAUGUAAACACUGCAUUUUCUCUGAAAAGACUUCACUGCAAAAAGCCUGAAGGAACUGGUUAAUCUCACCAGAACAACUACAUUAAGCUGUAGUUGUUUUGGUGACCAUAGUGUCCCUUUAUUAUCCAAAUGUAGAGGGGAGUGAUUUAGGCAGCUUGAAAAAUGAAGGUGGAUAUCUUAUGUGCAUAAUGUUUUUAUUUGCCUUCUUUCCCUUACCUCAGCUGCUGCCCUUCCUGAGAUGAUGAUUACUUAUGAUCUUAGUCAAUCCAGCAUGCCUUUGUUGGGAAUCAUUGGGGGACUAAUGUGCAUGCAUUACAGUUGGCACUGGUCCUUCAAAGAUUGCAGGGCCGCAAUAGGAAGCACCUAUAAUGACUCUCUGAAUGACAGCUACUAGAGGUGUUCUUCAGGCCAAAUGUAAAUACUUUUCACAAAAACCGCAGUAUUUAAACUUGAGAGACUGCAGAGACAGUCUCUUUGCACUAAAACCACUACAUUGAGCUGUUGAGGUUCUGGUGCAUAGAGUGUGCCUUUUAAUUAAAAUGGCUUCUUAUAGGUUGGUUAGCCCCACAAAAACAUCUGUAGUAUUUGCCAGAAUUCUGAUUUGCUUGUCAUUGUGUAUUACACAGCUUCCCACCAGAGUGGCCAUAACAGUGGUGUUAUUCACAGUGGCAUAUACUAUACACCUGGGUCCCUGAAGGCCAGACUGUGUGUGCGUGGUGCUGCACUCCUCUAUAAUUACUGUGACCGCAAGGCAAUUCCAUUUCGGCAAUGUGGAAAGGUACUGUAAGUGGCUCCACAGUGAGUGGAAAUAUUACAUUUAUGGGGAUUGGUAAUUUCAUAGAGUCUGCCAGCAGAAUUUAUGGAGUUAAAACUUUAGGAUAAAGCUAUAACCAAAAAAUGUCUCAGUUUAAGCAGAUAUUAACUAGAUUUGACCAUAUAAUGCAAACUGUAAUUGUAGUAAAUUUUAAAGUGAAAAUUGUCAGGAUUCAAAGUGAAAUUCAAAUUUAACGCCAGAUUAGCAGUUUUGGAAGCAUAGGUGAAUUUGAGAAUGUUUCCAGUUGACUACUUUAGUCUUACAUUUGAAACUCACUUUGAAUUCCCCACAAAUAGUGGAUUACCUCAUGUACUUUAACGCCUAAAUAGCUGAUUUGGAAACACAAAAUCUGCUCUAGUCACAGCUGGACUUUUCAAGCCUUAGUUUGUUUUUUUUUGGUUUCCAAUGUACUAUCUUUCAUCAUUUAGGGAAUAAAACCCAUUUGUGUUCGUGGUUAUUAUUUGGUAGCUGGAUUUUGAGAACAACGUUUCUUGUUGACAGAUGAUGGUCUGUUUUAAUAACGUGUGAUUACUCCAAGCUGCCAGACGUUUGUGUUGCUUAAACCUAUUUUUACAGAAUUUUUUUUUUUCUUUAUUUUGAGACAAUUUAUUAUCACGAGAGUUCACAAGUUUGACUCGCGUACCCAGGAAGUACUUGGAAAAUAGAGGAAAGUUAAACAUAGCUUUCCCAGUGGCAUUAUUUUAUUCUAUGUUCUAUACAAUGAUUCUCAAAGAAAUAGCUUUUAAAGUGAAACGGUCACAGACUCAGGAAUUUACCGAAUUCGCAAACGCCCCCUGACGGGGACAUUUGCCACUGGGGAUCUGGUGGGCAGGUAAAGUGACGUUUACUUACCUGUAGCUGUCCCUAGUGGAGGCCGCCAUCUUCUUUAGUAUGCUCCUGGUGCUUCAGCACCAGGUGCCGGCGUCACUGGUGUACCCCCUCACAUGUGCGAGAAUACAGCAUUAAGGUCUAUGGAGGAUCCAGCAAGAACAGGAUUGCCACUUGGACUCUGCCCUGAGUCUAAGAAAGCCAGGUGGAGGAGAAAUAUACAAAGUAGUCCCUACUUUGUCUCUCUAGAUCUCUUGACUGGGUUGGAAUUUCAGUGAAAUUGCAACACAGUCAAAAUGAGUAUUUCAUAAAGAUUCUAUCUUUUGGGUGAGUGACUGUGUGUCUUUAAUUUCUGCAGCCUUGACUCCCUAACUUUGAGUUUAGGGAAUGAAUGUGGUCAGUCACAUGUUGGAGAUGUGCUGCCCCACGUGGCUGGCUUCUGUAUACCCUCUGAUUCAUUCUUGGUGUGAAAGUUGAGGGUGGGAUUAUGCUGAUUUGACAUCAGUCACAAGGUUUAGACCAGAAUAUGUCUUAUACCCAAAUUGCAAUUGUACUUCUGUCACUAACAAACUUAUUUUUAUUUUUUGACAGCUGAUUGUUGCUGUGGAAAACCAGGAAGUCCCCAGACUCCAAGCACUGUACAAAAGAGGCUUGCUAAACAAUGUACCUGGGCUGCGUGUGAUUGGUCCUAAGGAGAUCAAGGAGAAGGAACCGUACUGCAGGGUGUGUAUGUCUGCAUCAGCAUGAACCUUUACACAGAUGUAGGCCAGUUUGAUGAAUUACAUUAUUAAAGGGACACUCUAGGAAGUUGUACAACUCAAUUUUAAUGAAGUUGUCAUAGUGCCUGCAGGCCUGCCACCCCUUGCUUACUCACCAAAACCCUGUAAUAAACUAAUUAGAGGGCUUCAAAGCACAGCCUAAAGCCACGCCUCCAAAACGUCUGGGUUUGAGAGUAUGGAAUCUUGCGCAGUGCCAUCAGUCGGCCAUAGAGAAUUACCAGAUUUUACUAAUUUCAUGACGUAAAGUCAUGAUUUUAUUAAGGACACGGAGGCUCAUAUUAUGCUAUUCUCUUUCUUUUAUUCCUCAGCAGCAAGAAAAAUUUAUUUUAGAGAAACAAUCAAACAUGUAAACAUGCCCCAAAGGGCUAGUCCUACAAUAAUACAACCAAUCAGCAUGCCUUCAGCACUCUCAACUCCCCAUGUGACCUUAAGCCACUCCUCUUUCUUGGUGUUGUCGACAAAAAAUUCCAUAGUAACAUAUCAACUUGAAGGAAAAAAAAGCAAAAUGCCAGGACCGCCACAGUGAAAAAUCCAGUAUUCUCCAGAAGCUGGGAUCUUCCCGUAGGUCCUGAAGGAAAUCCAUGCACAACGGUGCCAAACCGGAUCAUGAAGCUGAAAGGAACAGAGAAACAAACUGGUAAAAUAUGUUUCUGGACCUUUGAACAGAAUUAGACAUCGGGAUAUAUGCCACCAAAAACCAGAUUAUCCUCUAACCAAAACCUUUCAAUACAUGCAGUGUGUUGUAGUAACCUGAAUCCGUAGCAACUUACUGACCACUUAUCUAUGGGAGGGUACCACUUACCUGCAUCGGGUGGGAUAAUACUCGCCUCCGUGUCCUUAAUAAAAUCAUGACUUUACGUCAUGAAAUUAGUAAAAUCUGGUAAUUUUAUUUAAGGACACGGAGGCUCAUAUUAUGCUAGUUCAAAGCUGUGACACGACCACCUCUGAAAAAUGAGAAACUGGACGAAAAUAAAACUCCUUGAAGGUAUAUUCGCGGGACCAAUCAGCCGCCCGGAGUAGGUCCUCCAACCUGCAUCCUUUGGAGAAUGCUUUAGUCGCCAUGGCUCCCCUGACCGAGUGUGCUCCAUACACAGAAGUGUCGAUGCCCGCUAAUUUUAUAACCCACUUGACCCAACGAGACAAUGUGACUGUUGAAACAGGGUGAUAUGGAUGACGAAGGGCUAGGAAUAACUCUGGAUAUGCAGGAUCACGAAUCGAAGAAGUCCUGGACUCGUAUUCCUUGAGACAUGCCACUGGGCAUAGCUUAGAGUUAUGUGGAAAAGCCGGGUAGAAUACUGAGGUGAUUGACGUCUUCGUACGCCUGGAAAUAUUAAACAAGACACCGUCGGGGGUGAAUGAACGUGCAGAGAAGUCCAACGCACGCACAUCCGACACCCGCUUACAGGAGAUCAAAGAAAACAGCAUCGCCAGCUUUGCCGUGAGUUGUUUCAGUGAGAGAUCUUCGUUCCUUGGCCAAUCUGCCAGAAGCUGGAGGGCAAGGUCAACAUCCCAUGAUGAAGAGUAUCUAGGUUGCGGCGGUCGUGCAAAUCUAAUGCCGCGCAGGAGUCGGCAUACGAGGAGAUGUUUACCUGCCGGGGCACCAUCCAACCCUUGGUGGCCUGUGGAAAUAGCCGAUCGGUACACAUUUAUCGUGCGAUAGGCUAGGCCAUGGUCAAACAGAGAAGUGAGAAAUCUCAAAACGUGACUUAUAGGUGCCGAUAAGGGAUCCAUGUGUUGUUCCAUGCACCAACCACUCCAUGAAUUCCAGGCAUGUAAGUAGGAUUUCCUUGUUCCCGGAGCCCAAGCUCCCGCCAGAAGGUCAAUAGUUGUUUGUGGAACGUCCGGGAUGAAUCCAAGUCCCCGGAGAGGAGCCAUGCCAGUAAUUGGAGGCGUCCCUGUAAUAGUAAGGGGUGCGGUUCCCCGUUGGGGUCCAGUAAGAGGUCCGGAGAGGUUGGAAUCAGUCUUGGGUAGUCCAUGGACAUCUCCAUGAGUGUAGGGAACCAUGGUUGAGCCGUCCAGAAUGGGGCGAUGAGAAUCAUGGAGGUUCGGUAGCGCCUGAGAUGUAGAAGCGUCCUCGCAAUCAAUGAGAAAGGAGGAAAAGCGUAUGCUCGUGUGUCCGGCCACUGUUGAAGGAAGGCAGCUGAAGCCAAUGCCUCUGGAUCCGGUCUCCAACUGAAGAAACUCUGUAGUUGGGAGUUCAACCGUGAAGCGAAGAGGUCGAUCUCUAGUGGGCCCCAGAGUGUCUGGAGUUGCAGGAAAAUGGCCCGCUUCAGCCGCCAGUCGCUGGCAUCCCGUAGGUAUCUGGAAUUCCAAUCCGCCACCAUAUUGGACAUCCCGGGAAUGUGUUCCGCCUGAACCGAAAUAUUGCGAUCCAGGCAGAAGUGCCAGAAGUCUUUUGCUAGUUCCGCUAACACCACUGACUUCGUACCCCCGAGAUGAUUGAUGUAGCGGACCGCUGACACGUUGUCCAUCCGUAGAAGAAUGGAACAGUUGGUUGAGGUACCUACGAGACUCCGAACUGCAAAUGACCCCGCCAAAAGCUCGAGGCAAUUGAUGUGUAACUCCUGUUCGUCUGGGGACCAUUUCCCUCCGGUGGAGAUAGGACCGCAACGCGCGCCCCAGCCCAGCAGACUUGCGUCCGAUUCCACGACGAAGUCCGGCCUCGUCCCAAAGAUUGCUCUUCCGUUCCAUGCUUCCAUGUGCUGCAGCCACCAAGAGAGUUCUUCUUUGGCAGCACAAUCGAGAGGUACAGAGUCUGAAUAGGAGAGACCUGACCGAAGGUAUUUUGCUUUUAGGCGUUGAAGGGCCCUGUAGUGAAGUGGGCCCGGGAAAAUGGCCUGGAUGGAGGCCGAGAGAAGGCCGAUGAUCCUGGCCAGUUGCCGUAGCGUUGGUGCAGGUCGAGCCAGUGUCCGGCAGAUUUCUUUCUUGAUGAUCCUGACUUUGGAAGAUGGUAAUAGGAGUGUCCCUUCCACUGAAUCGAUGGUGAAGCCCAGAAACUCCAAGACUUGGGAGGGUUGUACCACCGACUUGCCCCAGUUGAUGAGGAAACCAAGGUUGCCGAGUAAUGUCUCUGUCCAAAUCAGAUGUUCCUAGAGUAAGAGUGGGUCUUGUCAGAAGCAUGUCGUCCAAGUAUAUAAUCAGACACACUCCUCUGCUGCGUAAGAGAGCGACCACUGGUCGCAUGAGCUUCGUGAAGCACCAUGGGGCCGAGGAGAGGCCGAAGGGCAAGCAUUUGAAACGCCAUGUGGUCUCCUCCCAUUGGAACUGGAGGAAAUGCUGGCAAUCCUCGGCCAUUGGGACGGUGAGGUAUGCGUCCUGCAGAUCGAGUUUGACCAUCCAAUCCUCCAAGAGGAGCAGAUCUCGGAGGGAGUGGAUGCCCUCCAUUUUGAAAUGGUGGUACACUACAAAGGCGUUCAGGGGACGUAAGUUGAUGACCGGACGGACACCCCCGCCUUUCUUGGGUACCACGAAAAGGUUGCUUAGAAAACCUGAAACCCCUGGAUGCGUCUCUAUGAUUGCACCUUUGUCGGCCAGGGAUUGUAUCUCCACUGCGAUUAAUGCCCUGUCGUGGGUGGAGGAGACUAUGUGUCUGGGGAGGGAUAUCUGGACGGGUGUUUGUACAAAUUCUAUGGCAUAACCCACUACCGUUUGUAGGACCCAAGUAUCUGAAGUUAACAUUCGCCAAGCAUCGAUAAAGUGGCCUAACCUGCCCCCCACCAACGUUACUGAAGUUAGUGAUGAAGGAAGUGGACUUACCAUAAGGACGUCGGCCAUAGGAAACGCUUCUGGAGCCACGAGCCUGCCAGGGUCUUCCUCGAACUGGGAAGAAUGGAGAGGACUUUGGUACCUCACUCUGGUAACGUGACUGGAAGGGGCCUCUAGAAACCCGGUACGAGCCCCGGGAAGAACGGCCGGGCAGGCGGCCCCGAUAUCUGCCGGCCCCGCCAAAAACUCUAUGGGAGAAAACCUUUUUCAUAUCGGCUUGCGCCUUGUCCAGAGCAGUAAAUGUGCCCACCUAGGUACCCAGCUCCUUCACAAAACUAUCCCCAAAAAGAAGGCCUUUGGCCUGUGGCCCAGGCUCAGUGAUAGCCAAGGCAACUAGCUUUGGUUCGAUCUCAAUAUAGCCUUUCGCCUCUCAGUGGCUAGAGCCACGUUGGCAUUUCCAAGAAGACAUAUGGCUCGCUGUAUCCAGCCCCUGAUAGCUAGCAGGUCUAUGGGAGCACCACCUGCCAAUGCCGUUUCAACCAUGUCAAAAAUCUUUGCACUGGGUCCGAGGACAUCCAGGAUCUUAUCCUGGCAAUGGCGAAGUGCAAAGUCUAGACCCUUCUUCGCCUUCCACCCAGUUUUUCCCAGGAACUGGGCAAUCUUAGGGUCCACUAUAGGGGCGAUACAUAUUAAAUCUGGUAGCGUGGGGCGUGGGCAUUCUGCCCGCAUCUUACUUCUUACCACCUUAUCAAGGGGUUUCCUGAUCCGUGCGGCAAUAUAUUUUGCCACAUGGUCCAGCGGGAACCAUUCAGUUGAUCUUGGGUGUUGCAGACUAUCAGGGUCAAACAAAGGUUCGCCCUGUGGGUCAAGGAGGGUGAAGCCUUCCACCCCGUCCUCGUCCUCAUUCCCAGACAUAGAUAUAGCGCUGUGGUCAGGGAAUAGUGUGCCCAAAUUGAAUGAGUCCUCAUCAUCAGACUCGCUCCAUGCCUCCUCCUGUUCCGAAUCUGACUCGGAUGAUUCCACUUGAGCUUUUGCCCUUUUCCAACUCCGCACCGAUUUUGCCCGGUGGGUGGCUCUUUGUUGUGGUGCAACCACAUUAUCUUUGACAGGAUGUUCCCUGUCUGUCCGUAAAGUUUUGGAGGCUUCCUCGUCCAUGUGACGAGAUUUUUUGGUGGCUUUGCGCCCACUGGCCUUGCCUGUAAUGUGCUCCGUAGGGUUAGGAGCAAUGUGAGUAGAGGCCUGCUGGGCGGCCAAGAGGGCAUGGCUAAUAGAGUGGGACAGAGUGUCCGACAUAACUCCCAUGGCUGAGUAAACAGCUUGGGUUACGGAUUUUGUCAUAGUGGCAUCCAGGAGAGAAUGAAGCUCUUCCGAGUUCAACUGCUCCUGGUCUGUCACAUCAGUGACAGUUAAGCCAACCGGUCUGGGGACAACCUGGGGGGUAGGGGGUAUAUUAUCCCUAAUGGGAGAAUCAUUGGAGGCCAUGCCCAAAUCCUUACUAGCGUGCAUAACUAAAUAGCACUUCUGACAGUGGUUGUGGUUAGGUACAAGUAUAUAUUAUUUAUGAAUAAACCCAAGAAAAAAAGGGGGGGGGGUGGGGGAACCCAAAUAAACUAUUGGAUUGACUUCCCUGAUAUUAGGCAAAACUGGGUAUUAGCAGUGUAUCAGCAGUAUUGAUACAGAAUACAAAAAGGCACCAGAAAGUACAAACAGCAAUAUGAAAAAGGCAAGCUCACCAAGUGUUCCCUCAGGAAUGGCUCCUGGGGACACUGGUGAGCUGCCCAGCAACUGUGCUGUCCAAUCAGCACUCACUCCCGCCCCCACAGGCUCCAAAAAGCCCGGGAACCAAAACCGCGGCAAAACCGCCAACCGCAAGAUGGCCGCCGCGAUGCGCACUAGCGUUGUGCGCAUGCGCGAACGGCGUCAGCCGCGGUUACAGCCGCGAACCGGGGGGGGGAGGAGGGCCCCAGAGGAAGAUCUCUGAGGCACGAAAAAACAGACUGGGUGGCAAGAGCCUCCACACGGAGAGCUGCUAGCCGCCCUGACUCAGUAGGUGAUCAUCCACCUGAGUGAGCCAGAGAUAGGAGGGGAGGGAGGGUUGAGGGGUUGGCUCUUGGUGAGGGAAAAACCGAGAGCCAGCUGGAAAAUAAAGUGUAGAGACAGGGCAGGAGCCCAACAGUAAAACAAACAAAUUACAAUUUUUAACUGCCACAAUAAAAUGAAUAAAGAUGACAAACACACAGGUAGCAUACAGAGAAAAAAAUUAAAUGUACUUAGCUGAGGAAGGCAGCAGCAAGAAAGAGGAGUGGCUUAAGGUCACAUGGGGAGUUGAGAGUGCUGAAGGCAUGCUGAUUGGUUGUAUUAUUGUAGGACUAGCCCUUUGGGGCAUGUUUACAUGUUUGAUUGUUUCUCUAAAAUAAAUUUUUCUUGCUGCUGAGGAAUAAAAGAAAGAGAAUAGCAUAAUAUGAGCCUCCGUGUCCUUAAAUAAAAUCAAUGACUCUCUAUAGCAGAAUCUUAAGAGCAUCAUGGCAAACGCUGAGUAUGCACCUAGGAUGCCCAUUGCUCCUCUAUGAGGAACAUUGGAUUGGACAUUCAUCCUGGAGGAGGAGAUAGCAGAAGUGCUGAGGGAUAUUAGUCGCUGGAGGUGGGGAGUAAUUGGUUUUAAUUUUAUUUAUUUCUCUUCUCUUCCAUAUCCUCAAUAGAUGGAACAAGCAUAUUAUAUACAUCAGGCCCCAGACAAUUACCACAGUUUCCUUUUUCUAAGUGCAAUGUUCACACCACUUACAGUGGGAAAAUAGUCUCUUAAAGGUGUUAUGAAAUUAAUUAAUUUACAACAAUUAAAGAAAUGGUCCCUUAAAUAAUUUAAAAUUGAAGAAUAGGUCAAUAAGCUAAUUCCAUGUGUGUAAUUGGGGUCUGUCAAUAAAGGUGAAAAAAAUACUUUUUGCAACUCAUGCUGUUAAAAUUUGAAAACACUGCAGUUUGGUUCUCAGCUGAUUAAAGAUGCAUACACAUGCACUUUCCAUAUGACAAUAAUAAAAGCAAAAUAUUACUUUAAAAAUACAUGUAUGAGCAAACCAUAUGUUACCAUUAAGAUAUAGUGAUUUUCCAUAUGAUCCAUAUUUAAUUUUCUAAACUGAAAAUUGUGGGUAUGUUACAAGGAAAUGGAAAACUUUAGACCAAAAUAGAUGAACUGGAAAAAAAAUCUCUAACUCUAUUUCUGGGGUUGGCUACUUUGGCUGAAAUUUUACAAUUCCCUUUUAAUUUCUCCUCUAUUCUUGGUUAAGUGACUCUGUUGAAACAAAGGGCUUAUCAACUAAACCGCUAAUGGCGGUGAUUGCAAAAGCGAACAGCAAAUCUUAGAGUAUUAACUACUGUAUAUCAGAGUGGGAAACUUUUUUUUUUUUUUUUUUAAAUCCGCAAUUUAUUUCAGUUUUAAUUCUCUGUGUGUUCUAGGGUGUGAUGGCUCUAGAUUCUCCAUACACAGGGAUUGUGAAUUACAAACAAGUGUCACAGGCAUACACGGACGAUUUCCGAGAUUCUGGUGGUAGCCUCGUGACAGAUUUUGAAGUCUCCAAUAUAGAAAUGGUGAAGGAGGCACCAGCAGGAUCUGGACGUGGUAAGUUUAAAGUGAACCACUUACACCGCUCUUGCCCUCCAUAUCUUAUUACCAUCCAGCUGGCAAAUGUUCCAUAAAUGCAGUUUCUUAAUCCAAGGAGAAAUCUGACUGCCAUUCUCUGGUGGAGGAUUUAUAUAUAUUGUUUGUUGCAAAAUUGGAAAGCUCUUAAAACUGGGGUAGGGGGUUUUGUUUUGUUUUUUUGGGAUCAACAGAUGUCAGUCUGAACUUGGUAUUACUUUUUUCAGUCCAUAUAACUAUGUAACAAAGGUUAAAGAAACCCUAUAGGUUCAGGAACACAAACUUGUGUUCCUGACCCUGUAGUGUUAAAAACCCCAAUCAUACUUUUAUUCCAGUCUGCUGCAGUUGGCUCUGCCUCUGAUCUGCCUGCUUGGCUGACGUCAUCAGAAGUUAUGAUCUAAGCCAAUCACAAUGCUUUCCCCUAGGAAAGCAUUGGAUUGUCUGAGACUGUCAGGAGGCAGAUCCGGGCCAGAGCUAGCACGAGCCAAACACAGCCCUGGUCAAUUUGCAUCUCUUUAUAGCGAUGCAUUGAAGCAAUGCAUCUCUGAGGAAAGUUCAGUGUCUGCAUGCAGAGGAUGGAGACACUGAAUGGCAGUCUUGCACACUGUGCCACACUGCUCAAGGGAGCACCUCUAGCAGUCAUCUGAGUAGCCGCCACUGGAGGAAUCACUAGGCUGUAAUGUAAACACUGCAUUUUCUGUGAAAAGACAGUGUUUACAGCAAAAAACCCUGAAGGAACUGAUUAUACACACCAGAACAAAUACAAUAAGCUGUAGUUGUUCUGUUGACUAUAGUGUCCCUUUAAUUGCUAGUUCAGACUCAUUGUAUUGACCUAGGUGUAAUUCAUUAAUUGGAUUGUGUGGAUGUAAAUUUCAUCUUCAGGUACUUUAUAGUUGCUAUCUACAUUGUGAUGGCAAACUCUGCAACAAACCUGUAGAUGAAAAGAUAUGAUUUCAUAGCAUAACAAAUGGGCAGAGUAUUGUGCAUACAGCCUUCCUGUGACCAAAUUAUGCAAUCCGCAAUUAAUAGCAUGUGGUACAAGCAAUGAGUUAUGGGACGUUGCUUGGAUCAUUUUGGUUUGGCUGUAUGUGAAACUCUGCUUUCUGCUCCCAUAAAACUAGACUUUAGUGUGGAGCCCAAGGUCUGCAGUAAUAGAAGUGGAAUGUAUCGUUCACAUUUUCUACUCCUUCUGCUAGAGCAUUUUUUGUCUUACUAUGUUUGUUUUGUCUUCUCCCAACCUUUCUCCCCUGUUUUAUCACUUUAUUAAUCUAUACUUUGUAUGUAUUGUAGGAAUGGAUUAUCCAGUUGUAAUCAGAAGCACAAAGGUACAAAUAAAGACUUGAUUUAAUAAAUCUAUAUUUUUUGCAUGUGAUUUUAUAUAUAUAUAUUUUUUUUUUUUUUCCAUUUAUUGGAUGAAGGGGAGUUCUCUCAGUUCUUGGGUUUUGUGCGUGUCUCAAAAUGGUGUGCAAAAUAAGGAAUAUAAUAUUUAAAAUCCUGUUAUCUUCAGAGCGUUUUUGUAUAUCUCCUUCAAAAUACAUAAUACAAUAUAGUGCAGACCAUUUCUAUAUAAGCCAUAUUAAAAAAUAAAUUAUAUAUAUAUAUAUUUAUUAUUUAAAACCUUGCUAAACACAAAUACACACACCAGUCAAGCUAUAAGACUUUCUUUUCCCACAGAAAUCUCAUUUUAACAGUUCUCUCACUACUGCAAGGGAUUCUGGGUAGGCACACUUCUUUUUUUUUUUUCCCCACCACAACUCCUUUUGAUAUAUUAUAUAUAUUGUAGCUGUUUUAGUCCAGUGCUGUAGAUGUAAAAAACAGAUAAAAUUAAUUUCUUGUAAUACCCUUUUUUUUUUUUUUUUGGACUAACAAAAUUUUUUAAUGACACACUUUCGGUAGAACCUCCCUUUCUCAAGUCUAAAGCAUUUCUGAGCAAGACAACACAUAGAAUUCAAAGUUGAGUUGUGAUACCGGGGUUAAAGGGACAUGAGUACAGACAAGACACAGGUCUGUUAGAAAAUAGACACCAUUCUUACAGAGAGUCGUAAAUAUUUUGUGUGAAGAUCAGAGAGGGGGGAGGAAGAGAUGGGGAAAAAAAAACAAGCAAACAGUGCAGAAGAUGGUGCUAGAAUGGGAGAGUAAAAAAAAAAAAAAAAAUAUAUAUAUAUUUCAUUAUAUUAAGAAUGCAGGAAUUACAGGAUAUGCAUAAGGGCCUAUAUCCAGCAUACCCAGGCACACACUUACACAUGUCUACGUAUACACAAGUACAUACACACUAUACACCAGAACAUACAACAAUAUACAUAUAAAUACAACUAAAUGCCCGACUAUAUGUACGUGCACACCUACAGUCGCAUACAUGUAUGGGAAAGCAUAGGCCUACACAUAGUCUUUUGUAUAUUGAUAGAAUAAACAUAUUGGAAUGUGUUUUAAAGUGUUGAUACAUAUGACAGAACAGUGAGAUAAUGUGGGGGAGUGUUCAUGUAAAGUGUUGGUAGAGGGACAGGAAACCCAAAUCAAUAUGUAGUCCUCUAUUCUUGCUGUUAAACAUUUUGAUCGUUCUGGCUUUAAAAUGUGUUUUGUUUUAUUUAUUUUUUUUCUUGGGUACUUUUAAAACCCCCCUUUCAGUACUUUGAUUUUUAGGUCCUUCAGUGAGUGGCCAGACUGGGUAAAGUGGUGUCCCACAGGAGUGCAGUACGAUCCUUCUUUGUGGUGUUUAAUGGAGUGUCUGUGCAUAUUUAUUCUGCCAUUUAAUUGCUGGGUGGUUUCCCCAAUGUAGCAUCCUAGGUGGCAUUUGGUGCAUUGAAUCAUGUAUAUCACAUUGCUGGAUGUGCAGGAGUACAAUCCUUUAUUGUUGUGUGUGGCUGUGUUUUCUGUGCAUAUGUGUAACGAGAAUAUACCCCUACACGCAGGAUCCAGCUAAACAGAGGCAAAUACAGAGGAGAGAUACGUCUACCGGACCUUAGAAUGGCCGGACUCGACGUAUAUGAGAGGAGACAGAGCCAGGAACAAACCGAGGUCAAGGGCACAGAGAGACAGCGUAAACUAGGACAAGCCGGGGUCUGGUACACGGAAAACAGCAAGCCGGCAAACAGUACAGAUAAGGAUAAAGCGAAAACGAAGUCAGAAUACGAAGCCAAAGUCAAUACGAGAAAACACAACUGAACACCACAAGCGCUAAAGGGAACUGAAACAGAAACCACGAUAGGGCAACGAGCUAAGGGAAAAAGGUAAGUUUAAAUAGCUUUAAAACGAAAGUGAUUGGCUCCUGUCACUUCCACACCUCCUAUAGGUAAUUGUACAGGGAGUGUGGUAUGACAGGAGCCAAUGGGAGCCUUUUGGCAAUUAGGCUCCCACUGUCUCUUUAAGAGCGCGCCCGAGACUCGCGGCGCGCUCUUAGUUUCAGGCGGGACACGUGACCGCCUCACGCGGUCACUGCCCGCCUUCCAUCCAAAGCAGUUGGAUGAGCCGCGCGACCGCGCGCGGCUUGAAGAGAGGACCGCGACCGGCCCCCGGUUAAGGUAAGUAACGCUACAGUACCCCCCCCUGAGGACACGCCCCCCGGGCGGGUAGGACCAGGCCUGGCAGGAAAACGAGAAUGGAAAGAGCGCACAAGACGGGGAGCAUGGACAGCAUCAGCCGAAAUCCAACUGUGCUCCUCAGGCCCAUAACCCUUCCAAUGUACCAAGUACUGAAGUCGACCCCUAAGGAAACGAGAGUCAAGAACAGCAGACACUUCAAACUCCUCAUGACCCUCCACCGAGAUAGGAGGGGGAGGAGGAGUAUGCCGGGUAUAGCGGUUGCGUACGAAAGGUUUCAACAAUGAGGUGUGAAAAACAUUAGGAAUACGUAGAUUCUUAGGCAGGCCUAAGGCAUAAGAAACAGGAUUAACCUUAUGUAUAAUACGAUAAGGUCCAAUGAAGCGGGGAGCCAAUUUCAUAGAAGGCACCCGGAGACGAAUAUUCCGCGUGGAAAGCAAAACCCUGUCCCCCACAACAUAGGACGGAGCUGCUCUGCGAUGCUUGUCAGCCUGAGCCUUCUGGCGAGUAGCAGAGUCCACCAAAGAACGCUGAACCUGCUCCCAAGUAUUACGCAAACCAGCCAAAUGCUCAUCCAGAACUGGCAUGCCCUGUGAGGAGAAUGCAGCCGGAAGAACAACGGGAUGCUGGCCAUAGACAACGUAAAAAGGGCUCUUGCCGGAAGAAUCAUGAGUGGCGUUAUUCCGAGCAAAUUCAGCCCAAGGAAGCAGGUCAGACCAAUUGUCCUGAUGGUGAGACACAAAACAACGGAGGUAUUGCUCCAGAGACUGGUUGGCACGCUCAGCAGCCCCAUUAGACUGGGGAUGAUAAGCGGAAGAAAAUGAGAGAGAAAUACCCAUUUCUGAACAAAAGGCCCUCCAGAACCUGGAAAUAAAUUGGCUACCCCUAUCGGAUACAAUAGAUACGGGAAUCCCAUGUAAUCGAAAUACUUCUCUAGCGAAGAUAUGAGCCAGUUCCUUGGAUGUGGGCAACUUGCGAAGAGACACGAAGUGAGCCAUUUUGGAGAACCGAUCCACUAUCAUCAGGAUCACUGUGUUACCAUUUGAAGGGGGUAAUUCAACAAUAAAAUCCAUGGACAGGUUAGACCAAGGUCUCUCGGAACGGGUAACGGAUGCAACAGCCCACAAGGAACUCUACGGGAGGAUUUCAUACAGGCACAAGUAGUACAAGCACUUAUAUAGUCAGUGACAUCCUUUCGUAAGGAAUCCCACCAAAAAUACCGAGAAACAGCUGACACCGUUUUGGAAAUACCAGGAUGUCCAGCGGUCUUAGUAUCAUGAUAUAAUGACAUAAUAUCCCGUCUCUCAGGAACAUCAACGAACAGUUUAUCAUUAGGCCUCUCGCUAGGUGCCAUGCUUUGUUUCGCUUGUAUGGCCUGCAAGAGGGACGAGGAAAUAGACAAAAUAGUAGUAGCUAUUAUCCUGUCUGGGGAAUGACAGGAGUAACAUCAAUCUCCUGUUUGUCAGUAGUUUCGAACUGUCUGGACAGAGCGUCUGCUUUAGUGUUGCGAUCACCUGGCCUAUAGGUGAUAAUAAAAUUGAAACGGGACAAAAAUAGUGACCACCUAGCCUGCCUGGAAGACAAUCUUUUGGCUUCGCUAAGGUAGGAUAGGUUCUUGUGAUCCGUAAAAAUGAGGAUAGGAUCCUUAGUUCCUUCUAACAAAUGUCUCCACUCUUUAAGUGCUAAAAUAAUAGCAAGGAGUUCGCGAUUACCCACAUCAUAAUUUUUCUCUGCUUUGGACAUUUGUUUAGAAAAGAAGCCGCAUGGAUGCAAUGGCUUUUCAGGCGACUCUCUUUGGGAUAAGACAGCACCUACCCCAAUAUCCGAAGCAUCAACUUCAAGAAUAUAGGGCAGUGAGGGGACAGGAUGCUGUAAAAUAGGUGCAGAGGCGAACGUAGUUUUAAGAAAUUCAAAAGCCUGAAGUGCCUCGGUAGACCAAACACGAGUAUUGCCAUCCUUUUUAGUCAUACGGGUAAUAGGUGCUACAAUGGACGAGAAACCUUUGAUAAAACGUCUAUAAUAAUUGGAGAACCCAAGAAAACGCUGAAUAGCUUUCAGACCUUGCGGUAGAGGCCAUUCUAUUACAGCAGCUAGCUUCUGGGGAUCCAUACGAAAACCUUUAGCGGAAAUCAAAUACCCCAAGAACUGGACUUCGGUUUGGUCAAACAGACAUUUUUCUAGCUUGCAAUAAAGACCAUUAGCAAGAAGGGUCUUCAAAACUGUCGUAACAUGUCUGUGAUGAGUGUGUAUAUCUGUAGAAUAUAUUAAAAUGUCGUCCAAGUAUACGAUAACAAAUGUGUGAAUAAAAUCUCUCAAGACAUCAUUAAUAAAUUCUUGGAAUACUGCUGGGGCAUUGCAAAGCCCAAAUGGCAUAACAGUAUAUAUUCGUAAUGACCGGAUCUAGUGUUGAAUGCAGUCUUCCAUUCGUGAUUUUCCUUUAUACGUAUCAAAUUGUAUGCACUCCUAAGGUCUAAUUUAGUGAACACAGUGGCAUGUUUCAGCCUGUCAAAUAAUUCUGUAAUCAAAGGUAUAGGGUAUGCAUUUUUGAUAGUGAUUUUGUUUAAACCUCUAUAAUCUAUGCACGGUCUUAAAUCACCUUCUUUCUUCGAUACAAAGAAGAACCCUGCUCCAGCUGGAGAAGAGGAUCUCCUAAUAAACCCUUUUUCUAGUGAUUCCUUGAUGUACUCCUCCAUGACACGGUUUUCUUGAACCGAUAAGGGGUACACCCUGCCCUUUGGAGGUAUAGUGCCAGGCAACAAGUCAAUAGCGCAAUCAUAGGGUCUGUGAGGCGGUAAUUUCUCAGCCUCCCUUUUAUAAAGAAACCGGGAGAAGCAAGCGGUUAGGAGGCAAUUUAGGAGACUUAGAUAUCACACCCAAGGCCAGUCCCCUAUAAGGUCUUAGGUGCGAGAGUUUUCCGGGAGUAAAGGACAUUCCUUUACCAUAUGGUCUCUCCUACCACAGUAUAGGCAGAGUCCCUCCCUUCUCCUAUGUAAUUUCUCAGUAUCAGUUUGGCAACCCCUAAUUGCAUAGGUUCCUCCUCAGACACUUUAACACUCUCUGGUAUAUUAACUCUGGGGUUAAUGGGUGUAACGAAACGUCUAUUCCUGUUCUUGGUAUAGAGCCUGUCACGAAUUCUAUUAUCUAUAUCAAUGAGGUAAUCGAUAAGGUCCUCUAAGGCAAUAGGAAGCUCCUUAGCUGCUACCUCAUCCAAUAUCGUAUCUGACAAACCUUCCAUAAAGGCAGUAGUUAACCCAUUGUUGGUCCAAUCUACCUGCGAAGCAAGAGUGCGAAACUGAAUAGCAUAAUCAGCCACAGACCUAGAACCCUGUUUAAUUCUCAUUAAUGCUCUCGCGGCAUUCUUUGACCUUUUCAUUGUGUCAAAAGUUCUACGAAAAGCCGUAAGAAAACUGUUGAAAUCAUGUACCAUAGGUCCAUUAGCUUCCCAAAUAGGAUUUGCCCACUCAAGUGCCUUAUCGGUAAGUUGGUGCAUAAAGAACCCAACCUUAGACCUCUCUGUGGGAAAUGAACGUGGAUACAUUUCGAAGUGAAAUUCAAUCUGAUUAAUAAACCCUCUGCAAGUCUUAGAGUCCCCUCCAUACCUAGGAGGAGGUGUUAAAUGGGCCGAAGUAUUAGGCAAAAUAGAUACUUCAGGGAGAAGGGGCGUAGGAGGGUUAGGUGUAGUUGCUGGAACGGUUCUAGCUAGGAGCGUCUGGAGAGCCUGAGCUAUUUGAUCCAUACGGUGAUCCUGCUCUACAAAUCUUGCCUCAUGGGACGCCAUCUGUUGAGCUAAAUCUGCGGGGUCCAUGGCCCUAUCGUAAUGUAACGAGAAUAUACCCCUACACGCAGGAUCCAGCUAAACAGAGGCAAAUACAGAGGAGAGAUACGUCUACCGGACCUUAGAAUGGCCGGACUCGACGUAUAUGAGAGGAGACAGAGCCAGGAACAAACCGAGGUCAAGGGCACAGAGAGACAGCGUAAACUAGGACAAGCCGGGGUCUGGUACACGGAAAACAGCAAGCCGGCAAACAGUACAGAUAAGGAUAAAGCGAAAACGAAGUCAGAAUACGAAGCCAAAGUCAAUACGAGAAAACACAACUGAACACCACAAGCGCUAAAGGGAACUGAAACAGAAACCACGAUAGGGCAACGAGCUAAGGGAAAAAGGUAAGUUUAAAUAGCUUUAAAACGAAAGUGAUUGGCUCCUGUCACUUCCACACCCCCUAUAGGUAAUUGUACAGGGAGUGUGGUAUGACAGGAGCCAAUGGGAGCCUUUUGGCAAUUAGGCUCCCACUGUCUCUUUAAGAGCGCGCCCGAGACUCGCGGCGCGCUCUUAGUUUCAGGCGGGACACGUGACCGCCUCACGCGGUCACUGCCCGCCUUCCAUCCAAAGCAGUUGGAUGAGCCGCGCGCGGCUCGUGCAGCCGCAGGACCGCGCGCGGCUUGAAGAGAGGACCGCGACCGGCCCCCGGUUAAGGUAAGUAACGCUACAAUAUGUGCUGACACAGUUUGCAGCAAGUUUUUUUGUUUUUUUUUUUGCAUUGACUGAUCACGUUUUCUUUAUUCUUCCCAUCAGUGGGUAACUUCCUGUUUAUUUUUUGUUGGAGGUUUGGUGGUUGUCUGAAGGCCAAAAUGGGUGAUUCAGAAAAAAACUUUUCUCUAACGAAUGGGAACUCGCAAAGAUCGAGUGGAACAUGUGCCACUCUCAUUAAACAGCUAAAGAGGGAUUAGGAUCACUAGGUGACUCUAGAGAGUAAGCAUUAAAUUGUAUACUGCUUGCUCAGUAAAAAAAAAAAAAAAACACAAACCAAAACAGUUUUAUAAAAAAAAAAGAAAAAGAAAAAAGUAUGUAUAACCUUUUUAAUGUAUCUUAAAAGCAAAGUAUGUGUACAGCCUGCUUGCGAGAACGUUCAGGUUGCUUACUGAACAAUCCUUGAAAGCAAUCCCAAGUGGAAUUGUGUGUUCAGUGUCCUUCCUUUAGUGUAGCCUUGUUCCCAGUCAGUCGGUGUAUAGCAUUACGCUUUUCACUCUGCUUCUCAGAGCUUUCUCAAUGUGAAAUUAAAUUGGCCGAAUGAAAUGCGGUUGGCAAUUAAGCAAUCAUUGCAAAUUAAAACCGCAACCAAGGAGACAUUAUUUUUGACAAAAUAUAGUGAUUUUAUAAAAAACUGUGACUCCUUUGCAUGUUUUGCUUUGUGUAUUUAUUGAAAAGGAUUAAUUGCACUGUGAGAAAAUUAAAUUGAGCUUAAGCAUUUUUUUGCACUUGCAUUUUAAAUUCAAUUUGCACCAUUUAUUCCACUUUUUAUAGUUAUGUGUAUGCAUGCAUGUAGAGAUCAAGUAGUUAAUAUGAAUAAAUAAAUAUAGAGUUUGUGUGUGAAUCCAAGAUGAGUUUGCAUUCCUUUACCCUUUCCAUAUAAUUGUCCCAGUGCUUCACAAUCUCCUGUGAUCUUUAUUCUACCUAACACAACCCCACUCCCUGAAUUUCUCCCGAUUAUCCUAAAAAAUGUGAUGGUUUUUGGUUUUCUGUUUCUCUGCAAAAAAAACUUUCUCCCUUUCUGCCCCCUUGCAGGGAGAAGAUGUGUACUGCAAGUAUGUUGUCACAUGUGCUGGCCUUUUCUCGGAUCGCUUGUCACAAGUCAGUGGGUGCAGUCCUGAGCCACGUAUUGUUCCUUUCCGGGGGGAUUACUUGGUGCUAAAACCAGAAAAAUGCUAUCUUGUUAAUGGCAAUAUCUACCCGGUAGGUAUAGAGUUUACCUACAUUAGAAUAGGUCUUGCUGAAGAGAAAAGGUUCCGUAUGUAUAUGUCAAAACAAACCAUAUUAAAUGGAUUUUAAUAGAAUUUAUUAGCAAAGUUUCAAUUAUUGGUGUUCUUUAUACUAUUUUCCUGCCCUCAGAGUGUUUUGAUCAGUGAUUUUGUUUGGUCAACAUUGCUGUGGGAAGCGUCCGGCACGCAAGCUGUUGGUCAAGCCUAAGGCUGUUCAUCACUGCUUUAGUGCAUUGUACUUUAGAACUGUCAAUAGAAAUGUUGUUUUUUGGUUGUUUUUUUUAAUGUGGAAUAUUCCAGGACAAAAACAGUGGUCUUCAUACACAUAUGUCUAUAUGGUGAAAUUGCAGGUUACCUGAAUUAUCUGUUAGAAGUAAUAAGGCAUGCAUUAUCUCACUUGAUCAGCUGAGAAUCUUGAAGAGUCAUAUAUUUAUCAACCACUACUGGAGACUUACUGGUGAUCAUGAGAAUUGUAGUAUCAGGAUCAUGGGAAUUCUAGUUAACAGAUAAUGGAGAGGCAGAGGUGGUUUAACUCUUAGUGGCACAGAUUGUGUUACAGUAAUGCUGUUCUGUCACUUAUUCUAAAACAUUCUGUAUGUUUUCCUCAUGGGGUUGUAGGUCCCAAAUCCACGGUUCCCUUUCCUGGGAGUCCAUUUCACUCCACGCAUGGAUGGAAGCGUCUGGCUUGGUCCAAAUGCAGUUUUAGCCUUCAAACGAGAGGGAUAUAGGCUGUGUGACUUUAAUGCCAAAGAUUUUACUGAAGCAGUUACGUACAGGUAAGAAAGUCUUGCUUAUAUGCUUGCAUUUAUUUAUUUUUUUAAUUUUAUUUUACAUCUGUACAGGAGCUGUAAAUUGUUAGAACAGAUAUCGUUUGCAUGAUAUGUCCCCUGGGGACCAAGUAUUGUUUUUAUUACAUGAGUAGCCUGUGUACCAAGUCAGAACUGAACUGAUAAUAUAUAUAUUUUUUUCCCUCUUCUUCUCUAGUGGUCUCCGUAAGCUGGUGCUGAAGAAUUUUACUUUCGGCAUGGCAGAAAUGUAUCGUGCAUGCUUCCUCAGUGCGCAAGUGAAAGAACUACAAAAAUUUGUUCCGGAGCUGUCCGUUCAUGAUAUUCUUAGGUACGUUCCAUGUAUUGGUGAUAUAGUGUGUGUGUGUGUGUGAAUCUGCUGCUGCUGCCUAACCUUGACCUUUUUAGCCAAGAACUUUGGCUAAAAUUGGCCUAUUCAAAAUAAUAUGUGGUGCUCUCAAUGACUACUCAUUUUAUAGUCUUAAAUUACACCGCUGGGGUGUUUGUGGAGCUAGAUGAUAGAACAGCCCAAUAGAGCUGAUUUCUAUGGCGCACUCAUUCUAGACUUUAUAGUCUUUUAUAUAACUUUUUUAUAUUCUAACUGCUACACUCCUAAUCGGUCUUUAAGACCAAUUAGGGAACCCCUGCUUAUUACUAUGGCCCUAUAUUGUAAUCCUGUAAACCUGUAUUUCUGAUGCUAUAGUGUUUAAUCCACCAUCUAGGUGGCUUGUGCCUCUUACAAAAGGUGAAAACACCCCUUACUUCCACCGUCGUACGAGUCUGCCGAUAUUAGCCCCGCCCCUGAUCCGCAUCUUUAUGAGGAAAAUUCAGCGUUUCCAUGCAGAGCGUGGAGACGCUGAACGGCAGUGCUGCCUGCUGUGCAGAACUGCCCCAGGAAGCACCUCAAGUGGCCAUCUGAGGAGUGGCCAUUUGGAGGUGUCCCUAGGGGGCAAUGUAAACAUUGCAUUUUCUCUUUAAAAAAAAAAAAAAAAGCAAUGUUUGCAUGAAAAUGCCGGAAGGGAAUGAUUAUACUCACCAGAACAACUACAUUAAUCUGUAGUUGUUCUGGUGACUAUAGUGACCCUUUAAUGAUCAGAGGGUUGGAAACCUCCUUGACCAGUAUUAUUUCCCCAUCCUAUAUUCAACCAGUAUUAGUCCAGUAAAUUAACCACAUCAUCACUGCAAUUGACACAAUGGGAGAAAAAAAAAGGUAGGGCCGAAUAGUUGACAAUCCUUGUGUUAAGAAUUUCUCCAAAUUCUGUGGACUUCUUCUGGUUCAUGUGCUGGGAGAAGAGGUUUCUAGGCCCCCACUGGUUUAAAUUGGGGAUCUGUUCAGUAAACCUUCUGUGUCUUCUGUAAAGGCAACUCUUCAUGUAGAAUUAGAUGAUGAUAAAUCAUAAUACCGGUGUUAUAACUUAGGACUGCCAACUGCAUGAGGUUCAGUAUGUAUUUCCUUUAUGUCCAUUUCAUAAAAUCUUUUAAUCUGUAGUUAACCAGAAUUACACUAGAGGGCACCUCUUACUCCAAACCAUAAUGGAAAAAGAGGAUUUCUUUAGUGUCAAUGAACGGUCUCCCGAAAUAUGUAGCACGAAAGCUUUUAGUGAUCACAUGUAAGAUUUGUAGAUGACGAAAACAAUUUCAAACCCUAAAAUAAAUACCUGUGUGCUUGUUUCAGACCCAGAAGGUGUGCUAGAGAGAAGCCUUACUAAAUGCACUCAGAGGGCAUGGGUUAUAAAAUAUAUACAUAUUGUUCACUGAAUAGAAAGCGUCCUGAGCAGCUACCACAGCUAAGGAAUGUGAGGUUUUUUUCACUACACGUUGAAUUGUAUUGAACUAAAAACAGAAUUGCAAAUGCUUACAUCGAUUUAUUAUUCUAAAGAAACUAUUAUACCCUGGAUUUUGCAAUCUGGUUCUAAUUAACUGCAGUUCACUAUUUAUUUAUUUUUAAUACACCCUGUAGUACAUUAGAAAAUCUUUAAAUAUGCCACUAUUGCAGGUACGCAAGUUUAAAUCUGUACAAUGUGUAUAAAAAGGGGCAUUAAUUCUCGGGAUGAAUAUGUAAUUUGGCUCUUUAUAAAUAACUGUUGAGACCACAUGUUAAAUAUGCUGGGCAAUAUUGGGCACCUGUUCUGAAGAAGGAUAUUAUGGCACUAGAAAUUAAAAGGAAUACAUUUUAGUUAUGAAAAAAGGUUUAAAAAUGUUAAUCUCUUUAGUUUAGAAAAACAGUGCCUCAGAGGGGAUAUGAUCGCAUCAUACAAAUAUAUAUUCAGGGCCAAUACUAACCAUUGUCUGGAAAUGUAUUCAUAAACAGGACUAUAUGUAUAAAACGAGGUCAUGCGUUUAGACUGGAAGAAAGGAGAUUUGGUCUAAGACAAAGGAAAGGGUUUUGAACAAUAAGGAUGUGGAAUUCUCUGCCUGAAGAGGUGGUUUUAUCCAUCUGUACAGCUGUUUAACCAGAAAUUGGAUAAAUACUUGCAAAAAAAAUAAAAUUCAGGGAUACAAUUUUUUUUUUUUUAAUAUAAUUUUAAAUUUAUAUCUGAUCGCCACUCUGGGAUCAAGAAGGAAAUUUGCCCUAGUUUGUUGCAAAAUUGAAAUGCUCUUCAAACUGAGUUUUUUUGCCUUCUUUUGGAUCAAUCACAAAAACAGAUGAGAAAAAAGCUGCCUCUUCUCAGCCUAUGGACGCAUGUCUCUUUUCAACUAUGUAUAGUAUAAAUGAUCUUUUUAAAAAGUGCACUUUUUUUUUUAAGCACUGUUAAAAGUAACCAAGAGAGUAAAGAAAAGGGAGGCAUUGGGGAGGACCGAGACCUGCAUGGCUGAAAUUUAUGUUCUAUCUUACAGGGGCCCCUCUGGAGUAAGAGCACAGGCUCUGGAUAAGGAUGGUAAUCUUGUGGAUGACUUUGUAUUUGAUGGAGGUUCGGGUGAAAUUGCUAAUCGUAUAUUACAUGUGAGAAAUGCCCCUUCUCCAGCUGCCACUUCCUCGCUUGCUAUAGCAGAGGUGAUUAGUGCCGAAGUUGAGGAACGGUUUGGAUUCUGAACAUUUUUUGUAAUACACUACCUCCACUGGUAUACAAGCAUACCUUCCAUGAACCUCAAUCUGCCUGUAUUGUGGCUGGGAUUUUACACUAAAAGCUGCAGAGUGCUGUGAAAAUAUGUUGCCCUGAGCCUGAGAAGACCCCCAUAUCUGCAGGAAACAGAUUUUGAUCACUUGUAGGGCCAUGGGGUUGUGAGGAAUAAUUAUUUGUAUUUGCACUUUUCAUUGUAUCUUGGAAUAUUACAAAAUCCUUUAAUACAAAAUCGCGAAUAUUUAAAAAAAAAAAAUAGCUUUACAUAGGCAACAUUUCUGUGUAAUUUUUAUGUGUUUGUUUAUGGUGCCUGGGCAAGACUGUGUUUGUUUGUAGACACCUCCUAAUGUGGCUUGUCAUGCUGGGAAUUGUCAUCGUUACUGGACAGGGAAGAUGCAGGUCUCUGCAAGACCUAGUGACAGAUUGCUUUAGGGCUUCUAUAUAGCAUCUUGGCUGAUGGCAAAGGAGCAAGUGAUAUUGCACAGCCUUCCAGCACUCUAACAAAAUGUUGCACUUGUGACAAAUUGGAGCCCUGCAGCUGUCCCUGCUGCCACAUAACACAGAGACAGCCUGCCUCCACAAGACAUUGCGUUCAGAAUGCUGCAGAGUUUAAGCUAUCUUAUCUCCUGCAGAGGUGAGCAAUUUUAGGAGGAAAUAUGGAAUUAACUCAAAUUUAAGCAUUUGUCUUUUUUUUAUUAUUUUUUUUUUUAUUUGAAUGUAUGUUUGUGAUUGGCUUAUUAUGCAAAUAUGUUUCUGUGUGAGUGGCUAGAUUAGCAUGGAUAAUUACUGACUGAUCACUAUUAAGCACAUUCACAAGUAUACUUUUAUACGUGUUUGAAUAUGAAAGACUGCCCAUCUAAUACGGAGCAUCUGAUUAGGUGUGUAUUGGAGUAUGUUAGGCGGGUAUGUGAUCAGCUGAUGUGUUAUGAUGACUAUGGCUCAUUAGUUAGCAAGAGAGUGGCCUAAGGUAUGUCAGUCUAGCUUGGGGGGGGGGUGUGUGUGUGUGUGUGUGUGUGUAUAUAUAUGUAUGUAUGUAUGUAUAUAUUAUCUCUGCUCAUGAAGCCUCUGCAUCUUAUGUGGCCUAUCUACUCUCCCUCCCUUUUGGCCUUUGUCCCCUUUCCCUUUCUAACAGCAUCCUUCACCUUUACAUUUUUUUUUUCCCUUCUUCAAAUUAUAGUAAACAUGUUUGCCACCCUAGAUCAUGCAGUACCCAUUAUCACCUUUCAGCGCAGAAAGCAAUGAAACAGGGCACUAAUAAUAGAAAUCAAUUCAAAGCAACCACAUAUUGGUGUUUAUCUCUCCAAAAGCAGUUACACACAGUGCAAACAAAGACAAAAUAAACAUGGAGAUGUUGGGAAAAUUUGAUAUACCUGGAAGCUGGAAUAUGAAGUGUUGGUUUGCGUUGAAGACUUGAUGGGAAGAUUAAUUUAAUAGUCAGACACUAUAUGGCCAUGGUUGAACCAUCUGAAGAAGCCAUAGUACAGAUUAUUGGCAUAGCGACCGCAUUCAAAUCCUUGCCUUCCCAUGAGGUCUCCCAAGAGCCGGACAUACACAUUGAAUUAUUGAAGCGACAAGAACGAGCUUUGUUGUACCUCUAAAGGUGGAGACAAAUGGCAGAAAUGAUCCAUCAGCAUUACCGGGUAAGACCUCCUAGAUCUGCCUCAUAUUUUAGUUGGAUGGUUACUGUACCAAGAUUAAUGGAUUAAACAGAGACUCCCAUCUGUCAUUCAGGAUGUAUCUCAACAUAAUUUGAAGAAGAGGGGGGAAAAAAAAAAUAGAUCUCCCAAUGCUGCCGUAUUGAAUUGGGUUACACAAAUAAUUGCUAACUUAAGCUGCCACAAAAGUAUAUAUUUUUAAUUCUAACAUUUUACACUCGAAGCUAGCUUGUAGCUGUCAUACUGCUGCUAAUAACAUUUUAGUUUUUUUUUUGUGUUAAAUGUAUCCCAUGGGGCAGCUAAUAACGUGUAGGAGGCAACUAGCAUUGAGUUGAUGGUAAGGGACAUUGGAGGCUUCAGCCUCAAACCAUUCUUCUGAAAAUUUAAAAUAGCAGGUGGUGUUUUGGAAUGUUUGUUUGCAUAGUUGUGCAAGAGCAAGGCAGGAAUUGUGUAGGGCCUUUACUAGCCUGUCGCUGUGUGGAUUUGUACAUUGACAGCUGGCCUGUACUCUCAAUGCUCUCUAAGAUAUUUCUGUCGGGAAAAUAUGGCCAACCAUGCUGCCAGAUUACAAUGGGUAUGCAUGAUGUCCCAAGAGAUAUUUUUUUUUUUUUUUUUUUUUUUUACCAGUGACAACAGGGUGAAAUUACUGUAAUUGGGACAUUAACAGCACACUGUAUGUCAAUGGUAGUAAUGGUGUGACUGGGAAAGAAAGCUUCUGUCUCUUAAACCUGCUCAGAUCUCUACAUAUUAUGCAGGUGAUACUAUUGUAGUUUGCAGGGAUUUUCAAUGGCAGCAGCCUUCAUUGGAGUUUAAUGUGCAAAAUAAAAAAAAAUGUACUCCUACUCAUCUCUGUGGCCUUUCUCACCUCCUCCUGGACACUACCAUUGUGAACUGAAGAGCUUGAAUAAAGUACUCGUUUCAUAUUUCUAUGCUCUGAGUUUUCUAAUAAAAAUAAAUAAUAAAAAAAUGUCAU